AUUAGAUGAAAUAUUGGAAUCCAAGCGCGAGCAAUCAUUAUUUGUGAUUCUGACUCAGGUGUUUGCGCCGUUGCUUGUUGGGGUGAAGCAAUGAGACGAAACCAUUCUAACUCCGGCAAUUACCGGAAUCCAUGUCUAACUAUGCACCAGCCUUGGGCCUCUCUCCUCGUUUACGGGAUCAAGCGCGUCGAGGGCAGGUCAUGGCCUGCUCCAAUCACAGGUCGUCUUUGGAUUCACGCCGCAAGUAAAGUCCCUGAUGAGUCGACAAUCAAAGCAAUGGAGUACUUCUACAAGGAGAUUUAUGCACUCAAUGGCAUCACUGACAUUCAAUUUCCUCAACACUACCCCGUUUCUAGGCUUUUAGGCUGUGUUGAAGUGGUUGGUUGCUUAACACGUGAUGAGUUAGCAUGCUGGGAGAUGGUUCCCGAAGGGGUGAGGUUGGAAGCACAAACUGAUUAUUGCUGGCUCUGCGAACGGCCUCAGAAAUUGUUGAUUCCAUUUGAGAUGCGGGGAUACCAAGGUGUUUAUAACCUGGAAAGGAAGAUCUAUGAAGCUGCUGUUAGAGGGCUAUCUCCAGUUAAUUGUCCGUUGCCCGUGAAAUUUCCACUUCCAGAUCCACGAGAUCCACUUUCCUUGAAGCCAUGUUCCAUCUCUGCGCUUAGGCCUAAUUUAAAAGGAACUGAAGUGGACAAAUCAUCAACUAUAAGUCUGGCCAUAGCUGGGGCACGAGCAGCAGCCACCCAGUUCUCAAAGAAAGAUCAGAAUUCCCCUAGUACUGCUCAGAGCAAUGCACUUAAUAACAUGAACGCUAAUAAUGAGGACAUAGAAAUUGCAAGAUCGUAUAAUCUACGAAGCAGGUCUAUGGAAAAGGACAAUAUGUCAUCCACUGAUUUGAAUAAGAAACUUGACGAUGAGACCUUGCCUUCAUAUCAGGAAGAGAAAAGCAGUAGAAAUAAGAGUGAGGGAAGCAGUAAGCAGAGUCGAUCUCCUGGUGCAGAAGCAGAUUUCAGAAAGUAUCAUCAACCCCCGUCUAAGGGAGUGUUGGAGGAUUUCUCUCACCCUGAGCGGGGACAGAGAUGGGUGCCCACUUUUCAUUCUUGGCAAGGAUGUGGGGUUAGGUUUGGGGAGGCAGGGUCAUGUCUAGUCACAAAGCACCCUGAGAGAUGUGGUGGCUUUGUCAUCUACCCAUCAAAGCCAUCUAAGAUUUUUGCUGCUGCGUUGAAAAGCUUGAAGCAAUGAUCGUGGAAGGAGUUUGAUCACUUGAAGUCUGGAUGUGAAUUUGUAACAUAAUGAAUUGUGUGUAACUUUUGAAGCUGAAACAAAGCUUGGAAGUGGUUGCUCUCAUGAAAUUGUUUUGAUGUAGAGUCUUUACUAUUAUAAAUUUAUGUCAUUUCUAGGUGUCUGAGUGAUAGAGCUCAGGUUCUUGUAUAAUAAUUAGUAAAUAGACUGUAAAAGAUUCUAGUCUGUAGAUAACGGGGUGAUGGAUUGCAUCCAAGCAUACAGACUCGUGCUGCAUGAUGUUAGAAAUGAAUCUUUGUUUGCAUCCA